CCUUAAAUUUUUUUUAAUCAAUUGCCACAUUCCUUGAAUAGAGCAAGGUAGAUUUUGAUUUUGAUUUUUUUUUUUGGAAAAAACCUAAAGAAAAUCGAUGGUUAAUAUGAUGACACGUGUUAGGCUAAUAUUGGUGGAAAAGCCCCAUAUAUCGUGAAAGUGCAGAACCACUAACCAUCCAUGAAGAGGUUGACUUACCAAAUAUGGGUUGAAAAAAAUGGUUGGUCCACUAAAAGUCAGUUACUAAGAAAAGAACCCCAAAAAUAACAGAAGAAUGCAAAAAACAAACAUGAAAUCACCUCGAAAAUGGGCAAAAUCCAUUUCUUCUAUUUCUUCUAGCCUUUAUUUUCUUCUCAUCAUCUUUCAAGUCCCUCUUUUCAGGGUUCCAUGUCGAAGUGGAAUAUGCAUAACUCCGGUUCAAGUAACUUCUUCUCAACUAAUAGCAAGCGAAGUCUUGCCUGUUUCAUUUGUGAAGAUCCUUCUUUACCCGGGUGCGAUUGUUAAUGCUCUUUUCAAUGGUAUAAGCAUCCCUAGCUAUGAUGAUCUGCUGGAAAUAUAUAAUUUUACUCAUGUGAAAGAGGCUUCUGCAAUCAUUGAUCUUAGGCAUCUUGAGAUUCUAGCAGGGAGCUACUUCUGUGUGGUUGGGGGAAUACUCGGUCUGCUGAAGAAUGGCAGAUUAAGCUUAUUUGGAAGUUUGCUGCUUAUAUGGGGCUUGUUUAAGGAAAUCAUGAGGCAGAAAUCUACUUGUUUAGACACUUGUCAGACAGUCCAAGUUUCUCCGAUCAUGUUAGUGGCUCUCUUUACGGCGUUAUCAUCUAUUAAAAGCGAUGUGAGAGCUGUCGUAAAAAGCUUUCAAGCUCACCAAUCAGCAACAGCAGCAGUUGAUGUAGAUGAGCAUAUAAAGAAAAGGAAGAAGGAUAGGGAGAUGAAGAGGCUUGAAUGGAAUGUAAACUAUGUUAACAGUGCUACAACUCCUAGGUCUACAAAAGUUGCACAGGAAGGAAUUAAAAAUACUUUUUACUGAAUUUUCCUCUGCUUUUUUGUACAAGUAUGAUUUUAGUGUUAGUAUUUUUUAUCUCAUGGAUUUUCUAGAUUUUGGGGUUUUUCCCGGUUAAUUUCUAGGUUUCUUUUCUAUUUGGAAGGGCGAAGAUUGUUACAAAUCCAAAUCCUCUCACAUUUCCGUGUGAUGGCAUAUAUUUUAGCAGUGAAACACAAUAUCAGUUUACAAUUUUUUCACUGAAAAUUUUGAGUUUGGGUCGGCCUUCAUAUCAGCUAUU